UCUCUUGUCACUUUCUCUGCCCACUUCUCUCGGAGAAAAGAAAGUCUCCACUGACACUCAGCAAUGAAAGGUAAAUAGGCCAUUCUGUCCUGAAUUCUUCAAUUAUGUCGGUCAACGCUCCAAUGUGACUUGCUCCUUCUGUUGUCAUUCAACCGCCUUUAUCUCGCCAGGACUUGGACGAGACAUCCAUACCCCUUUGUGCUGCAGAAAUCCAGUGACCAUGUUUUCACUGGUCACUCAAGAUUUAUCCGCUACCAGCCGGCUGAUAUAAGAAUGACUUACUUGUAAUCCCCGCGUGACUUGAAGACAGAGAGGAGGGGCGGUCUGGACCAUUUAAAAACCAUGUGGAGACUAGCGAGAAGUGGACUUUGAACCACGCGCGAAUCAAUUUAAUCCUCUCCAGCAGUAGCAUUCGCUCAUUAGUUUCUGGUUGUUUCUACACAUUCUUUUAAAAGUUCGGAUUUAUCAUUAAUAAAGUAACGAUUCAAAAUGAAGGAAGUUUUGCUACAGUGCGCUAAGAUUUUAUGGGAGUUUACUCGCUUAGAUCAAAUUCUUGUCAAAAGUGAAGUGAUGAUAGUACUUGGUAACGACGAUCCACGUUCUGCUGAGUACGCAGCCGACCUUUUCCACGAAGGAUGGGCCCCACUGGUUGUGAUAUCUGGCAAGGAAGGGUCAGGGACACGAGGAAAACUACCUGUCAAUAUGACAGAGGCGGAUGUUUUCUGUAAUAUAAUGACAGCCAGAGGCGUACCCAGGGAGAACAUCAUUCUUGAAAAGGAGGCCACGAACACUGGGCAGAACAUCCAGUUCACUCAACGUUUUCUCAGAAGUCUCGGCCACCAGCCAAAGUCUAUACUCAUCGUCACCAAAAGCCUGAUGGAACUUCGCGCAGCCUUGACCUUCCAAAAGCAGUGGGAGAACUCUGAAGCAGUACACCUUUGCGUCUCCUCCCCUCCUCUCAGCCUUCUGGAAUACCCUAGUGCUGACGUCGGCACGCUGGACCAAGUGCUGGAAUACCUGCUGGUCCACUUCAAGAAAUUCACGGACUACGCUAAAUGUGGACACCAGGCGCCCAUCGACAUACCAGCUCAUGUCCAGCGAGCCUACGCCAUGUUGGAGGCUCAAGUCAAACAAGAAAAAGAAGGAUUUCUUUCCCUUUCCUAUUGAAUUUCACGUUUGUACUCGCCCCCUGCUUCUCUGAAGACUUAAAAAUUUUACACUGAGCAGUAAAGCAAGAGGCGGCGAAUCGGGCGCACUCGUAUUGGAAGAACCAACGGAGAUCGUUGAACAAGUUGUAAGAUAGCACAUCCCCCGAUGCACCGCCUCAAGUUCCUGGUGCACAAUGCAAGAUGUAUCAGUUAAAUGAGCUGUUUAGUGUCAUGAAUCAACCACUAUUGACUCUGUAAAUAGAUAUCUGCUAUUGUUUUUUUUAAUCUGUUUAUGUUCACACACAAAAAAAAAAUGCUUAUGGCGGAAUGGCAUUAUGCAGUCUCUAUUUUUGUUUUAAGUUUUCAGGGUUUUUUUUUAUUAAUAAUUAAGGCUCUUUGUAGGGUCCACGUGGAACUAUAUUUUACUAUAUUUUGAGCCCGUUAAGACUGUGAACAUUUAAAUUAUAAAUACAUAUCAAGAGAUUGUUCUUGAAGGAAUUCAGUUAUCGAUUUAGUUCCACAUUCAGCAGUAUGUCCGCCAGUAAUGAAACAAACAUCGACUGCAUAUUUAACUUUACCCUAGCAACUAACGUGGAUAGAUCUGUAUUGCAAAAAAAAAAGUACUAGACCCGCACUGUGGAAUGUCAGGGCCCUGUGCAUAUUAAUAAUGGAAACGUCAUUUUUACGCACUGAGAGAGCCAAGCUAGACUGCCAUUCUCUCUAGCUAGUGGGUCCACUAAAAAGUAAGCGCUGUGAUCUCCAUCACGUGGUCCGAUUUCAUGCAUUCUUAGCAUCAUAAUAAACAAAAAUUCGGUAGAAGAACAGCGCUGACUUAGGUGUACCUAACAUCAAGAGUGCAAAUGCACUACAAAAGCUAAGUUUAGAAGUCUACUUUACUUAUUAAGACUUAGAUCCUCCCGCGCAGUUCGGCAAGCUGUCUCCAUAAAGAUCUGUCACCGGCAAUGUCUGAAGCCUCUUCCCAUCUGCUUUCCACUUCUCUGAGGUCCUCCACGAGGGUUAUACAACAUACGUGCUUGGUCUUGAUGAACUCCCGUCUGGUGUGAGUACAGCCAGUGACUGUAGUUAGAUUGAAACAAUCUCUGCGACGAGGCCUUGAAAAAAAGUUAGUCAGUUGACUUAAAUAGUCUCUAUUAAAUGUAUAGUUUAUGCCUCGGCUCCAUUCUGGCAGAGUAAAACAAAUAACCAGCGCCCUCAACAUUCUUGGGUUCUUUAUUGUUUUAUUUGCAAACAAACAAAAAAUCAUGAAGCCCAUUGAGGCGUCAAGGGCCAGUGCAGUCGCUUACUUACAUCCCCUCUUAGUCUAGACCUGAUGGUAGUUACAGAAAGGAUACACAUGAAUGCAUUCCCUAAUUAAUUCAAUAUUACAAAUAUGAUUCUUGAUAAGACGAUUAAAAUUAGAUGUAGGAACUUAUCCAUCUGCAGAACACCCUAGAGAGGCCAAAUGUAUUACAGGAGAGCCAAAUGUAUUACAGGAGAGGUAAAAUGUAUUACAGGAGGGGCCAAAUGUAUUACAGGAGGGGCCAAAGGUAUUACAGGAGAGGUCAAAUGUAUUACAGGAGAGGUAAAAUGUAUUACAGGAGAGGUAAAAUGUAUUACAGAGUAUUUAAAAUCUAUGCAUUUGUACAUUGUUUGGACACAUUCACGUGUUUCUAUGUUCACAUGACUUUUUCACACUCAGGAAUAUUAUUUUAAUUGUAUAAAAAAAAUUGUGUGUGUGUGUGUUGGUUUUUUUUUAGUUCCUACCAAGAUUCUUGUGUGUUAUUAAAACAUGGAUGUGUAUUUGUUGUAUUGAUAUUUACAUCCAAUUUUUUAUGGCACUAGGGAAGAAGGAGCAUUGUACGAAUAUGUCCUAGCAGAUGAAUUAAGAAAUGUGACUAUUGAAUAGGCCUACUGAGUAAUAUCUUGACCUAAUGUGUAAAGUCAUUUACAUCUCAUUUUUUGUUUGUUCAGCCAACAGUUAUGACUAUAAGCAAUAGGGGAAGACAGGGAAGAUAUUACUUAGAAGUAGUAAUAAAAAUGAUAAUUUCAAUUUGCACAAAACAAUUUUUUAAAUCAAUAAAUGCACUUUAAAAAAAAAAAUCUUUAUAGAAAAUUAAAUACAUGUAAGCAAAAAAACUCAAACAUAGAUCUCUAUCACAGAUGUUUAUUAAAAAUAAAAUCAAUUCAAGAAACUUAUCUUUGCUUUUGGACGGACAUCUGAUGUAGUGGCAAAUCAACACAUGAUUUUGAAAAUAAAUAUGUAUCAAAUGGCAAUGGUUAUUGUUUACAUUGUGAUAAGAAAUAAAAAAAAUGAAUACUUUAUUUCACACUUUUGAGGCUUAUC